AGAAUUUGGUUAAGUUCGGAACGUUCAUGGCUUUGCAGAGACCAAUGAUCUGCGCGACGCGCCGCGCGCGCCCCACUUUCUGGAGCGAUGACGGAGUAACCCCGCCGAUUUCUCUCUACUCCGAUCCGGAGUCAACGCCAAAGAUAUAAUCUUCCCCAAACUUUUUCGCAUCUUGGCAAUUACUCUCAAAUCACACAACAUGGAGGCCAUCACAAACAAAGUUCAGAACCUUAUGGGCAACGUCAGCGGGGCUGCUGCUGGAGCAUACAGCGGAAAGACCGCUCUCUUGCUCGGUGCUGGUUUCGUCACACGACCCACUGUUGACGUCCUCGCAAAGUCCGGUGUCAAGGUCACAGUAGCAUGCCGUACUCUUCAGAAGGCUCAAGACCUGGCCAAGGGUAUCCCCAACACCAACGCCAUCAGCCUCGAUGUCAACGAUGCCGACGCUCUCGACGCUGAAGUCGCCAAGGUCGACGUCGUAAUCUCCCUCAUCCCCUACACAUUCCACGCGACCGUCAUCAAGUCGGCGAUCCGCAAGAAGAAGAACGUCGUCACAACCUCCUACGUCUCCCCAGCGAUGAUGGAGCUCGACGCACAAGCCAAGGAAGCUGGUAUCACCGUCAUGAACGAGAUUGGUGUUGACCCCGGUGUCGACCAUCUUUCUGCCGUCCUCACCAUCGAUGAGGUCCACAAGGCCGGUGGCAAGAUCCUGUCAUUCAAGUCAUACUGCGGUGGUCUCCCCGCACCAGAGUGCUCAGACAACCCGCUCGGUUACAAGUUCUCCUGGAGCUCGCGCGGUGUGCUUCUCGCACUCCGCAACCAGGCUGCUUUCUACCAGGACGGCAAGGUCAAGUCUGUUGAAGGCCCCGAGCUCAUGGCCGAGGCGAAGCCAUACUUCAUCUACCCCGGCUACGCAUUCGUCGCGUACCCCAACCGUGACUCCACUCCCUACAAGGAGCGCUACAACAUCCCCGAGUGCCAGACCAUCAUCCGCGGCACACUGAGAUACCAAGGUUUCCCAGAGUACAUCAAGUGCCUCGUCGACAUUGGUUUCCUGUCCGAGGACCCCAAGGACUUCCUCAAGGAGGGCGAGAAGCGCACAUGGCGCGAUGCCACCGCCAAGAUCAUUGGCGCAUCCGGCGACAAGGACGAGGACCUUAUCUGGGCCAUCUCCUCCAAGACAAAGUUCGCUAGCACAGAAGAGAAGGACCGCAUCAUCACCGGUCUCCGCUGGAUUGGUCUCAUCUCCGACGAGCAGAUUGAGGCCCGUGGUAACCCUCUCGACACCCUGUGCGCUACUCUCGAGAAGAAGAUGCAGUACGAGAACGACGAGCGUGACAUGGUCAUGCUCCAGCACAGGUUCGAGAUUGAGAACAAGGACGGCAGCAAGUCUGUCCGUACCUGCACACUAGCCGACUACGGUGACCCCAAGGGUUACUCCGCCAUGGCUAAGCUUGUCGGUGUACCCUGCGCUGUUGCCGUCCAGCAGGUGCUUGACGGUACCCUGAGCGAGAAGGGUAUCCUGGCUCCCAUGAGCCCAGAGAUCUGCGCCCCAUUGAUGAAGACACUUGAGGAGCAGUAUGGUGUUGUGUUCAAGGAGAAGACUGUUCCUUUGUAAGAAAGUCGCCUGUGACGCACAAUGGAAGGCAGAUAAACGGUGAUCAUGAUAUGGUAUAGACAAAAGCCAAUGAGCUUUGAGAUGACUGAAUGAAAACAUCAAUCGCUUCCAUGUCUGAAUUCUCUUCUGAAAGUGGUAUCUUUUCCUAUUGUGAUAUCGCAUUCGUCUGUACGCCACCUCUUUGUGAUUCCUUCCUUAAUCUAGACCAGCAGCCGGCGGCCUACCACCAACAGCCUUCUUCGGCGCCGCCGCACCUCCUCCUCCCAUGCCUCCCCC